UUGUUUAUUUAGUUGUUUGUUGUAUUUGUUCGAUUAAACAUAGUCAUUUAGUACGCAAAUUCAGUUACAUUUUUUAUUGUUUUUGUAGAGAAUAAUCCGUAAUAUGGAACCUCCGGUUGAGGCAUCAUCCUCUGUUGCAGAUCCCCCUGCUGCAAAGACUUUCGCAGCGAAACAUGCUGAACGGAUGGAACGUUUGCGAAAACUGCAUUUGCAACGAAACGAAGCACGUAAUUCGAAUCAUCAAGAAGUAGUUGCUGAGGAUGAACGGAAGAAACUUCCGAUCAACUGGGAAGCUCGAAAACGACAAGCAGAUUGGCUUAUCGAUGAUAGCAAAGCAAAGUCAGACGCUGAGGCUAGAGGCUUAGAUUACAAUCGUGUCAAACUGAUGAAAAUUUCGGCUGCGGAGGCUGAACGAUUUGACAAAUUGAAGGCGAAGAAGCGGAAUGUUGAUCCCGGAUUUUCGGACUAUGAAGCUCAAACGGCCAGGCAGUAUAGUCGACUGAUUAAGAACAUGGAACCGAGGGAUUUGGUGAGAUACGAGGAGCAAAAAGAAAAGUAUGGCGAUGCCUUCUAUGGGGGUCCGAAUGUAGUACUGCAAGGAAUGCACAAAGAUUCUCCGAAGGCUGUAGAUAAAAUGGUGAAAGAUUUGGAACAGCAAAUUGACAAACGAAAGAAGUUCUCGCGCAGGAGAACACAUAACGAUGAUGCGGAUAUUGAUUACAUUAAUGAAAAGAACGCUCGAUUCAACAAGAAGCUUGAACGAUUUUAUGGGGAACACACCACAGAGAUCAAACAGAACCUGGAACGAGGAACAGCAAUUUAAAAAGAUAAUAUUUGGUCCAUUAUGUAGAAUAAACAGUUUAU